GUUGGUGCCUAGUAUUGCUAGUAUUGCUCCUGGUCGCCUCUUCAUUCCCUACUCAGUUCUCAAAUCUAUUUGUUGACCACCACAUCAGCAGUAGAGAAUGGAGAGAUGAUAUUUGGCAGUUUUCAUCUACAAAUACAAAAUGACAUGAAAAGUGUCAUGAAUCAAUAUAGAAAUGUACACAAUUUAAAAGCCUAUGGGCCAAGAUAUAUUCUCAUAUCUCAACUCUAUGGUCAAUUGGUAGAAGAAAGGAAGAGAGAAGUGGAGAGCAUAAAAAAAAUCCAUUGCACUCUUCAACCAGUUUGUUGGAAUUGGCAGUUCAUGUUACAGUGAGUAAAGCAAUCUGCAAGCUCUAUGAGAAGGAGAUGAGAUAUGUUACUCUACCUCUCAAUUAUGCGCACCUCAGUACCCUCCUUUCGCUCUGUGGUAGAGAGAGGAACUACCAACUCGGUUCUUCGAUCCAUGCUGCUAUCAUUAAGAAUUCCAAUCAUUUUAGCUUCAAUAGCCAUAGGAGCAGUCCUCGUGAUAUCAUGGUUGUCUGGAAUGCUCUCCUUUCCAUGUACGCGAAAUGCGGCCAAUUAUUCGAUGCAAUGAAGGUUUUUGAUCGAAUGCAAAUGAAAGAUCCUGUAUCCUGGAACUCUAUGAUUUCAGGUUGUUUGAUGAAGGAUGAGUUGGAGAUGGGAUUUGAAUGCUUCAAACAAAUGUACGGAUAUGAAAUUUGUCGAUUUGAUCGUGCAACUUUGACGACUAUUUUAUCAGCUUGUGCAGAACCUGAGCUACUGUCUGCGAGCGCAAUGAUGCAUGCAGUGAUAAUUUUGAAUGGCUAUGAGCAGGAAAUUCCAGUGGGGAAUGCCCUGCUGACUGCUUACUUUAAAUGUGGGUGCCCAACGUCAGCACAUAAGGUGUUUGAUGGGAUGCAGGAAAGAAAUAUAGUUACAUGGACUGCGAUGGUCUCAGGCCUUGCUCAGAGCCAGUUAUGCAAGGAGAGCUUGAUUUUAUUUAAAGAGAUGCGGCAUGCAGUGGAAGCUAACUCCUUGACCUACUCAAGCUCCCUGCUAGCUUGUUGUGGAUUACGAGCCCUUAAAGAAGGGCAACAGGUUCAUGGGCUUGUCAUCAAAUCCGGGCUUCACUUGGACUUGUGUGUUGAGAGUGCUCUAAUGGAUAUGUACUCAAAGUGUGGCAUAAUGGAAGAUGCGCUUCUGAUCUUUAUGUCUCAAGAAGAACCCGACGAGGUUUCUUUGACUGUGAUUCUAGUAGGUUUUGCUCAGAAUGGAAUGGAAGAGAGAGCUUUUAAGCUUUUUGCUGAAAUGGUGGGAGCAGGGAUUGAGAUCGAUGCAAAUAUGAUCUCGGCUGUUUUGGGGGCAUUUGGUGCCUCAGCACCAUUUUGCCUUGGGAAGCAAAUCCACUCUAUGGUUGUUAAGAAGUCUUUGGGAUCAAAUGUUUUUGUGAGCAAUGGUCUCGUUAACAUGUACUCAAAGUGCGGCGAACUGAUGGACUCUGUUAAAAUCUUCAAUCAAAUGGUUCAUCAGAAUUCAGUGUCAUGGAACUCUGUGAUUGGAGCUUUUGCUCGUCAUGGUCAUGGAUUAGAAGCACUUCAGCUCUAUGAAGAUAUGAAAUUGGAAGGCAUGGAGCCAACAGAUGUCACAUUUUUAUCAUUGCUUCAUGCUUGCAGCCAUGUGGGUUCUAUUGAAAAGGGUAUGGGGUUCCUGCGCUCGAUGUCGGUGGAUCAUGGGAUCACCCCCAGGAUGGAGCACUAUGCAUGUAUGGUAGACAUGUUGGGUCGUGCAGGACUUUUGAAUGAUGCAAGAAGAUUCAUAGAAGAGUUGCCUGUAGAGCCUAGUCCUCUUCUUUGGCAGCCGUUACUUGGGGCAUGUAGCAUUCAUGGUAAUUUGGAGAUGGGAAAAUAUGCAGCCCAACGCUUGCUUCUUGUGGAACCAGAAUGCUCGGCAGCCUAUGUGCUUCUGGCUAACAUAUUGUCAUCAGAAGGAAGAUGGGAGGAGAGAGGUAGAAUUAUAAAGGAGAUGAAGGAGAGAGGCGUGAAGAAGGAUACAGGAAUGAGUUGGAUUGAGGUUGAGAAGGGAGUUCACAUCUUCGUUGUGGAGGACAGGGUCCAUCCUGAAGCUGAGAUUAUUUAUAAGGUAUUGGACGAGUUGGUUGGUCUUAUCAGAGAUCAAGAGCAUCUGCCAGAUAAGAGGCUUGUAUUCUAUGACUUGGAACUGUAGGUCAAGGUAGUUCAUGCAGUCAGGGCCACAAAGAUGCAACAAGCACAAAAUAAGUAGAAACUUGGAACAGAUGGACCCCUGGAUAUCCAGCAAAGCAAGUUGAGGCAGUAAGUAUGAG